AUGUCGUCGUCCGGGACGAUGCCACUGGCGUACCAGACGUCCGCGGCGUCGCCCGACUGGCUGAACAAGGGCGACAACGCGUGGCAGCUGACGGCAGCGACACUGGUGGGGCUGCAGAGCUUCCCUGGCCUGGUGGUGCUCUACGGCGGCGUAGUGAAGAAGAAGUGGGCCGUGAACUCCGCCUUCAUGGCACUCUACGCGUUCGCCGCCGUGUGGAUCUGCUGGGUGACCUGGGCCUACAACAUGUCGUUCGGCGACAAGCUGCUGCCGCUGUGGGGCAAGGCUCGCCCGGCGCUGAACCAGGGUUACCUCGUGGGGCAGGCCGACCUCCCCGCCACGGUGCACUACCUCGCCGACGGGAGAACCAUCGAGACCCCCGCCGCGGAGCCGCUGUACCCGAUGGCGACGGUGGUGUACUUCCAGUGCGUGUUCGCGGCCAUCACGCUGAUUCUCGUGGCCGGGUCGCUGCUGGGACGGAUGAGCUUCGCGGCGUGGAUGCUGUUCGUGCCGCUCUGGCUCACCUUCUCCUACACCGUCGGCGCCUUCUCCGUGUGGGGCGGCGGCUUCCUCUUCCAGUGGGGCGUCAUCGACUACUGCGGCGGCUACGUCAUCCACCUCUCCGCCGGGUUCGCCGGCUUCACGGCGGCCUACUGGGUGGGUCCCCGGGCGCGGAAGGACAGGGAGCGGUUCCCGCCCAACAACAUCCUGUUCACGCUCACCGGCGCCGGGCUGCUGUGGAUGGGGUGGGCCGGGUUCAACGGCGGCGGGCCGUACGCCGCCAACGUGGUGGCGUCCAUGUCGGUGCUCAACACCAACAUCUGCACCGCCGUGAGCCUCGUCGUCUGA